GUAAACUUGGAGUCGUAGAAUGGGAAAUACCCUAUACCUUUAGGGAGUCACAGUCACUUUGAACCCAAGACGCCAAUUUUACUAGGUGGGUGGUACACCAUGACACUAUUAGCACCAUGGUUAUGAAAUGAUUCAUGAUACUGUAAUGAUAAUUUGUUGGGAAAACAAAGUCUCAUACCUCAUACCCUAAUAUAAAACUUCCGAAUCAUUCGUUGUGUGAAUUUGAUGAGAAAAAAUAGAUACCUACACAAAUUAGAAGCAACCUGAAACAAUUUCGGCUAUUUAGGUUUAAUUGUAUGCUUAAAUGUUAUCAAAUGUUAUGAAGGAGGAAUUCUUUUUCCAAGGAUAUCAAAAACUAGGGAAGUGAAAUCUUUAGAUGGAUUAUGGUCAUUUACACUAUCAUCAGAUGGUUUAUUUGAUAUUAAUUCUGGACUUACGGGUGGAGAAGAUGAUCAGGAUAUUUAUUUAAUGCCAGUACCGUCGAGCUAUAAUGACAUUCCAACAACUUCAGAAGCUAGAGACCACGUAGGACCAGUUACAUAUGAAAAAACCUUCUUUAUACCUAGCAGUUGGCGUUCUAACAAAAGGAUAUGGUUGAGAUUCGGUUCAGUUUGUUAUUCUGCACAAGUAUACAUUAAUGGUAACUUAAGUAUAUCACAUGAAAUUGGCCACUUACCAUUUACAGGAGAUAUCACAUCAUUUUUAAUAAACGAUGAAAAUGUUAUUAGAGUAAUCGUGGAUAACACUCCAAGCAUUUCAACAAUUCCUCAAGGAUCUGUUAGUAUUUUACCAAGUGGCAGAAAGGUCCUGAAUUACACCUAUGACUUUUUUGAAUACUCUGGAAUUGACAGACCCGUAGUUUUGUAUACAACCCCUAUGGUUUACAUUGAUGACAUUACAAUAACUACAAAAAUUAGUGGAACAAGUGGUUUUGUGAGUUACCAAGUAGAUAUAAGUGAAAAUAACACCAAAAUUACUUACUUGGUUAGAGUCCUGGAUGCAAGUAACACAGAAAUUGCACAUACGGAUACAAAAAUUGGUAAAAUUGAAGUACCCGAAGCAAACUUUUGGUGGCCUUACUUGAUGCAUGAUAAUCCUGGUUAUCAAUAUAAGUUAAAAGUGGAAAUCUACAAUUCAGAUACAUUACUGGAUUCAUAUUCACAACCAUUUGGCAUUAGAGAACUUGCUUGGAACAACACCAGUUUUACGAUUAAUGGAGAACCAAUAUACUUAAGAGGAUUUGGGCGACAUGAGGAUUCCGAUAUUCGUGGUAAAGGCAUGGACCUCCCUUUAAUCAUAAGAGACCAUAACUUGAUUAAGUGGAUAGGUGCUAAUUCUUAUAGAACAUCGCAUUACCCAUACGCCGAGGAAAUUAUGGAUUUGGCUGAUAAAUUGGGCAUCAUGAUUAUUGACGAGUCGCCCGCAGUUAAUACGGAAAACUUCAAUAAUGAACUACUAGAAAAUCACAAAAAAUCGCUAACAGAACUUUACCAAAGGGACAAAAACCGGCCAAGUGUAGUGAUUUGGUCUUGUGCAAAUGAACCCAGAACUCAGGAUAAAGCAUCAGAAAUUUACUACAAACAGGUUACUAGCCAUAUACGUUCAUUGGAUUCAAGCAGACCUAUUACAAUUAUCAACAUGUAUACGUAUAAUAGUGAAUUUUCGGAACAAUUCGUUGAUAUCAUAGGGGUUAAUCGUUAUAACGCUUGGUAUUUAUAUACAGGGGAACUAGAUGUUAUUAAUCCAGAGUUGGUGACAGAACUUAAAAAUUGGCACAAAAAACACAAUAAACCGGUUUUAAUAACUGAAUAUGGUGGCGAUACCUUAGAAGGAUAUCACAGCCUACCUAAUUUUGUUUGGUCCGAGGAAUUUCAAGUUGAUUUGUUGUCAAAUCAUUUUAAAGCUUUUGACGCUGUUCGCAAGCAGGGAUGGCUUGUAGGGGAAAUGAUAUGGAAUUUUGCCGAUUUCAAAACUUCGCAAAAGAUAAACAGAGUUGGAGGAAAUAAAAAAGGAAUUUUUACUAGAAAUCGUGAACCAAAAGAUAGUGCUCAUUUAUUAAGAAGAAGGUACUGGGGUCUUGCUAAGGAAUUAAAUAAUGUUACUGUGCCCACUGAUUUGACAGAAUAUGUUAUUAAUGAUGAUGAUAACGAUGAUGAUGAUGACGACGACGAUGAUGAUGACGAUGAUGAUGAUGACGACGAUGAUGAUGAUGACGACGACGACGACGACGAUGAUAACACACCAAGUUCUGGCAGUCUACUAAAUACUAGAUUGAGUUUAUUAGUGCAUUCUAUUUUCUUGAGUGUACUUUUUUUCUCUUUUAGAUAUUAAGAUUUUCUCUACGUUUUUAAACUAAAAACUUUUAUAUGUUGCAGGAUUUAAUAAAAGUAUAACUAUUACAAAAGAAAUCUAUUUAUUGUAAGAAUCUUGCUCUAUUUCAUACUUAAUUUAAAAUAUGUAUUACAUUUAAUCUACCACUCAGUAACAUGUACAAAUUCGUAUGGAACCGCCCUAGGUACAGGGCUCCUAAAGAACAGUAUAAAAAGUUAUAUUGACACGACAUCAAAACUAUUUGUCGCUGUAUUUUACAAUGUGAAAAAUAGACUUGUUUAGCAAAAAACUUACAGAUGUGAAGGUAAUUAUAAUUAAAAAAAAAAAUCUUUGAGGUAAUUUCUCUUCAAAAUAUUCGGAUUAUUUAACCAAAUAAAUAUUUAGGAACUACAAAUAUCAACGUAAAUUGUUUCUUGCAUAGAAUGCGUUUUUUAUUUUUGGUUCAGUACCGAACAUCUAUAAGUUUUUUGUACCAUACAAGAUAAAACUGUGACCACAAAUCAAAUUGUACCCUCGUAUAUGGAUUAUUUGACUCGAUUUGCCAGUAUUUACUUACGAUUUCAGCGGAAAUAGUUGGCAUUUUGUGAAUGUAGCAACUUAAAUAUUUUUGCAUUUUUUAAAUUUUCCACUAACUCCAGAUUUUUGCGAUAUCAUUCUGUGUAAUAUCUCAAGAAUAACAAAGAAAUCAGUGAGAAUGAAGAUAAAAGAAUGAAGGUAAUUCAGAAAUAAAUUGUAUAGAGAAGAACUAAAGAUAGAACCAGUUAGAAUAAAACAUACAAUAAGAACAUCUGUCUUGGAAGCUUGGAGAAUUUGUAAAAAUUGUAUAAUCAAGGGAGAGAUGAAGAAAAGAUAGGCAUACCUGCAAUAUUAGAGAAAAUUACUGCACAAAUAUCCUACUACAACGCAACUCUUGACAAAAUUAGUACUAAAAAAAGGAACAUUUUUAUUGCAGAACUAUGAGAUUUCAAGGACGGAUUGUUUUAAAAUAAUUUAUUAAAAGAAGUAACUUGCGUAUGUACGGCAACAAAGUAUAAUUUAUUAUGGAUAUUUAUUUUAUCUUGCUAAAAUAUUUAAGUUGCGUUACUUACAUACUACUCAAACAUUUAAGGAAUGUACUUUUAUUAGUUUCCCAUCUUUUAUCAAAACGUUGCUGUCCUUUAGUACGUAUUUUGGUCAACUUUAUGCAUAAAUACGAAUUAUGUACAAGAAUUCCAGCACGAAAAUGAUAUUAACACAAUGAAAAAUUGUGUUUUAAAAACAUUUUAUAUAAUAAACAAUUAGCAAAACAUUUAAAUUACAAAAUAGAAUUUGCAUUAAACCCCUUACUAACUAGUUUCACGAAUAUAUUAUCUCGUUGGGAAAAUAUAGAUUAAUAAAAGCGUUUUAGUACAAUAAAAAUAUAAAAAAGUUGCACAUACAAAAAAUAUAUAAAUUAAUCAAGGACAAAAUAUAUUCAUACGGCUAAUUUCACAAAUUGCCUGUGAAUAUUUUUUAAAAUAUUCAGAAAAAUUGAAGGAAAAUAAUUUAUUCAAACUGUUGAAUGUAAGUAAUCAUAACCUUUCAAAUCCUUACUAUAUCAGAGUCAAGUAUGUUCCAGUUAACACUCUCAAGCUCAAAUAUAAUUGCUGUACAAUAUUUAAGAUAUAUUCAAAAAUCGCUCUACCUAAGUGAUCCAAAAAAAUAUUUCUAAAGACAAAUAUGAAUCAUGCCUCUGAAUGAAGUCCAAACACUUUUUGUGGAUCACUUCAUAUUAAAAACUUUUAAUUUCUAAAAUAUCUACAAACUGCGUUUGAAAAAGGUGGCUUGUGCAAACUGCAAAAAUCCAACCACUGUCAGGACACUAGAUAACAAUCGCUCAAAAUAGAAGAAAGAAAAAUAAAAAAUGUAGUACCAAUGUCAUUUAUAAAUAUAUUCAUAACAUACUAAUCAUAAGGGCGUUAAUUAGAACAAUUUAUUGUAACUAGAAAAAAAUAAAUUGAAAUAAAUGCAUGUAAUAAGAAGAUACUAAACAAAAAUGCACUCAAUCAUAAUUCAAAUAUAUAAACAAAUUUUUGUUGUCAUGUCAAUUGUAUUUAAAGUAUAAUAGCCCAAUCGGAUUAGGUGAAGAACAGGCUUGAGAUUCUGAAAAAUUCGAAGCAGCAAUUUUCCUUCGGAAUUCGUUGGAGGGGGUCUGUGGUAGUCUAAAUUCAAAAAGUUGGGAUUCCAAAGUUGUCGUUACCUCCGUCAGCUUGAUUUAAAGGGUUAUUUUUUGUAUCUUGAAUAACUCAUUUAUUUUCAAUUUUACACGGAAAAUAGUUUUUACAAAAGUUAUUUAAAAUUAAAUUUCCUACAAUUCUGCUUUUUUUUGUACGAUCGAUUUUUUUCGAUUUAAACCCGAAAAGAGGGGGUGAAUUUUUGGUUAUAGAAUAACUCGUUUAUUUUCAAUUUUACGAGAAAAAUUGUUAUAAACAAAGUUGUUUAAAAUUAAAUUUCCUACAAUUCUGUUUUUUUGUACGCUUGAUUUUUUUGUAUUUAUCCCUGAGAAGAGUGGGGGUAAACUCUUAUCAUUGUAUUAUCACGUUUCUUUUUAAUUCCAGGUAUCAGCAAAAAAAAACAAACAGAAAAAAUAAUGGUACAACAUCAAUAAUAAACGUGACAAUACAAUACUUAGGUUCACCCCCACUCUUCUCAGAGAUAAAUACAAAAAAAUCGAGCGUACAAAAAAAAACAGAAUUGUAGGAAAUUUAAUUUUAAACAACUUUGUUUAUAACAAUUUUUCUCGUAAAAUUGAAAAUAAACGAGUUAUUCUAUAACCAAAAAUUCACCCCUCUUUUCGGGUAUAAAUCUAAAAAAUCGAUCGUACAAAAAAAAACAGAAUUGUAGAAAAUUUAAUUUUAAACAACUUUGUUUAUAACAAUUUUUCUCGUAAAAUUGAAAAUAAACGAGUUAUUCUAUAACCAAAAAUUAACCCCCUCUUUUCGGGUAUAAAUCGAAAAAAUCGAUCGUAUAAAAAAAAACAGAAUUGUAGGAAAUUUAAUUUUAAACAACUUUGUUUAUAACAAUUUUUCUCGUAAAAUUGAAAAUAAACGAGUUAUUCUAUAACCAAAAAUUCACCCCCUCUUUUCGGGUAUAAAUUGAAAAAAAUCGAACGUACAAAAAAAAAGCAGAAUUGUAGGAAAUUUAAUUUUAAAUAACUUUUGUAAAAACUAUUUUCCGUGUAAAAUUGAAAAUAAAUGAGUUAUUCAAGAUACAAAAAAUAACCCUUUAAAUCAAGAUGGCGGAGGUAACGACAACUUUGGAAUCCCAACUUUUUGAAUUUAGACUACCAGAGACCCCCUCCAAGGAAUUCCGAAGGAAAAUUGCUGCUUCGAAUUUUUCAGAAUCUAAAAUACUAAUCCGAUUGGGCUAUAACUAAUCACCUCCCUUUGCAGUAUUAAUAAAACUUUCAAAUUAAACAAUGCAUCUUCAUUAAUAGUGAAAAGAAGCACAACUUCUGUUUGAAGGGUUCAUAAAUGAAACAAUUAUCGAUAACAAAAUAGAAAUAAUAACCAUCAGCACAACCACACAUCAUAUCCAUAAACUUUACCAAAUGAGUGGGACAGCAUUUUAAGUAACUAAUGGCAGUUUUUCCACAAAAUUUCCCUAGUUAUCUUUUUCUUCAUCAGAAUCUUCAUCAUUAGAAUCCUCUUCAGAAUCAGAUUGAUCACUUGUUUCAUCCUGUAAAUAAAGAAUAAAAGUUGUAAUUUUAAUAAAAAGUUAGCUAGUCUCUGGAACUAUUGCAAUACUUUUGAUGACACCCUGUAUAAUGCGACAAGCAUUUGGGAUAACUUUCAAGCAAAGCCUGCAGAAUUACCUCAUCAUCAUCGUCCUCUUCAGAGGCCUUUUGAUUGUUUUGUUUCUUCCUAGAAUUCGAAAAGUUUUCUAAUUCUUCCUUGGUCAUACUUUUCAAGAAUUUCUCGAAAUCUAAGAUGUAGGCUUUCUUCUUUUGAACUAAUUCCUCCUCGUAUCGCUUCCUUUCAUCUGAAGUCAAAGCUUUCCAUGCUUUAGCCGCUGGUUCUUCUCCAUUAUAUGAGGAAGCAAAAUAUUUAAAGGGAGAUCUAAAAACAGUACGAAAAAAAUAAUUUCCAAAUAACAAUUUUCCAAGUUUUAAACUUACAUUGGUGGUUGUUCAGGUUCAACUAAUUUUCUUGGUUUCUUUUCAGUUUUUUUAGAUGAACUAUUCGCUUUAUUUACAACUGGCUUUUUGAUCUCAGUACUGGUUUCUGGCUUUUUCUUGACUACUUUUUUACCUUUUGAUCCUUUCUUUCUCUUUUCAUCUUCAGAUUUUCUCCGCUUUGGACCCUUAAGAAGCUCCAACUCCCUUUCUUCCUCUGGUAAAGAUUCUAUAUAGGUUGCGAAAUCUUUAUUGUACUUUUCAAUAGCCUUUAAUAAAAAAAUAUGUAUUUAGAUGUUCGUUUCAAAUUUUUUUUUUCUACUAGAAAUUUCUGUUCCCCCAAAAAAUAUUUUGAUUAAUCAAAAAACAGUAAAUGCAGAAAAUUAAAACAUAAUUUUUAUCAUUGUAAUUGCAUUUUAAUGUGUGGACAGUAAGGAUAAUUGGAGUUAUAACUAAAUGAUAAAAUUUUCAACCAAUUAGUACAUUUUAUCCAUAUUUAUAAGGCAAGCAAACCACUAGAUGAACAAAUUUUAGUGUUGAAUUUUACUAGAAAAUAAAUGCAAGUUGGCUGA